UCUAACUCGCUGUAAAAAAAGAUAGUCUUUUACUUUCGCGCCAUCUUGAAUUACUGAGCGAUUGUCUUCUAAGAAAACAGUGAUAGUCUAGUUAUGAAAACUGAAACUAAAAUAAAACAAAGCCUCGAUUCCUCCAAGGAGGCAUCGACAAAGCAAGCAACCUUAACAGUUGGUGUGAUUUUCAUCGCUUCGUUAUCAGCAUUAUUUUAUGCUUAUACUAGUUUUCCAGAACUUACUGAAGAUGAGCGACAAUACAUGAAAUUGCCAUUACAUAUUGAAGAAGCUAAAAGUUUGGGUAAACUUCUCGGACGAUAUAAAGAUCUUUAUUAUUUUCAAGUGCUUGCUGGAUUAUUUAUUACAUAUGUUUUCUUACAAACUUUUGCUAUUCCAGGUUCUAUUUUCCUUUCGAUCCUUUCCGGUUUUCUUUUCCCCUUUCCUUUAGCUUUGUUAUUAGUGUGCAGUUGCAGCGCAAUAGGAGCAUCACUUUGCUACUUUCUUUCUUCACUUUUGGGACGUAGAUUACUUUUUAAAUAUUUCCCAGAAAAAGCAAGGGAAUGGACGUUAACAGUAAAGAAGCACAAAGACCACCUCUUUAAUUAUAUGCUAUUUCUUCGAAUAACUCCAUUACUACCAAAUUGGUUUAUAAAUUUAGCCAGUCCUGUAAUUGGAGUGCCUCUUGUACCAUUUGCUUUAGGCACAUUUUUUGGAGUUGCUCCACCAUCUUUUGUUGCUAUUCAAGCGGGUCAGACAUUACAAAAUUUAACUUCAUCUUCUGAUGCAUGGUCGUGGAAUAGCAUUAUAAUAUUAUGUAUAUUUGCUGUAUUAUCAUUAGUACCUGUUUUAUUUAAACAAAAACUACAACAAAAAUUAGAUUAAACUUUAGGUAAGAAAUUUUGAACAGAUUUAUUUAUUUAAAGAAAUAUGUUCUUUAUUUUAAUAUUUAAAACUUAAAGCAAACUAAGUUGUUUUUAAAAAAUUCAGUUCCAAUAAACAAAAUUUUUUUUUAAUAUUAUUACACUGUUAUAUAAAGUCUUAAAUACAAUUAGAUUUCGUUUUCUUUUCUUUUUUCUAAUUGCAACUUAACUUGUACCAAUUCCAUGUGUUGAUGUUUUUUCUAUUUUUUAUACUGUAAUAUCAUGCAUUUAUUAAUAAAUUGCAACUUUACAAAAUGUGCACAAAUUUAGAUUGUUAUUUCGUAAAUAUUAAUGUAUUGUUUUAUAUGAAAUCAGUUGUAUGUUUUUCACAAAAGCAAUUAUUUAGAAAAUUGUUUAAAGGGAAAGGGAUAACAAUAAAACCAAUUAUACUAGUAAAAAAUUUUUGUAGUGUAAACAUAGUUAUAUAAAAUUAACUUAAUUGAAAGAGUAAUUCAGCAGAACGAAGUCAUAUAACUAAUGGUAAUACUAGUUGAAUUCAAAGCUGGAAGGCUGACUGGUCGCCAGUACCACCAGUUAUACCAUACUAAAAGAGAAACAUAAUUUUGAAAGUAUCUUGUUUAAUGUAUCAAUUAUGAUAUAUGUAAUAUUCAAAACAUUAAUUUAAAUUAAUGGACACUCAUUUCUGUUAAUGUUAGACACUGUCAAAAAUAAAGUAGAUAGUUUAAAUAAUAAAA